AUGGCUGACCAGUGGGAGUGCGAUGAGGCGACUGGGCUCUGGUACAAAGGAGGAGACCGGAGCCAGCCCUUCGCAUCCGACUGGAGCCCCGUCCCCCUUGGGACCAAACCAGUCCUGGAAACCGCCCGGGCAUUGGCGACCAAGGUGCUGGUGGCUGGGAUGACAACCAUCUCCGGGGAGGGCUUCCCGCGGUCUCGCUUGGUGUCACCUGGUGAGAAGUAUGUCGCUGAGGACUUUUCGUCUGUGACGGUAGCGACUCGCCAGCACACGCGGAAAGUGGAAGACAUCAUGGGUCAUGGUCAUAACAAGGUGUGCUUAUUUUGGCAGGACACUCAGUCUGCCAAGCAUUCUGCCUGGGUAUGUGCCUCAGGUGAGGCUACUGUAGCUCUGGCUGCUGAUGGGGAGAAGGCAACCGUGACCAUCACCGUGCAGCGACUGGAAAUGCAGGACUACAACAGCCAUAUUACAGCACAUGGAUACGACAGAUGGAAGCCUGCAAUCCUCGAGCGAAAAGACGGAGCCUGGGAACGUGUCUGUUGA